GUCAGUUGCGAUUCGGUUGAGGGAAGGUUUCUGUUUUCAGCGAUUCGGGCUUGAAGGCUGAUAACUAUCAUGUUCAAAAGUGUUCCUGUUAAUGUGUAAAUAGCAUCCACAUAUGAGGAACUGCAGCUUUGGAGAUUCACUGCAAGACAUAAAAUAGUUAAGCCACUUCUGUAACAAUUCACAAGUAAAUGCUGGAAUAAUUCCCAUCGUCCUACAAGUGUGACAUACUAUUGUAAGAAAAUGGAGAUUGUUAAAGAGGAAACUGAGGAGUUGAGUGAUCCAGAACCAUUCAGAAUGACAAAUGAAGAGACUGAAGAACAAAGAGAGCUGAUGGAAGUUAAAGAGGAAAGUCAAGAACUGAAUGAAGUGGAGGAGAAACAUCAGUAUCAGACCCCUCAUAAUUUCAUCAUAGAAGAAAUAUCUUUUAAUUCCUCACAGACAGAAAAUGCUUUCUUCCCAAAAAGAAAGCGAAGAACAGGAGCAAACAAUUCUUUCAUAUGCUCUUAUUGUGGAAAGACUUUUGCACGUAAAGGGCACUUUGAGGAUCACUUAAGAAUUCACACUGGAGAGAGGCCGUUUGCGUGCCCCCAAUGUGGAAAGAGUUUCACACAGAAAGGAAAUCUUACAGAUCACAUGAGAAUUCACUCUGGAGAGAGUCCUUUCAUAUGCCUCCAGUGUGGAAAGAGUUUCACCCAAAAGAGAAGUCUUAAGGAGCACAUAAGAAUUCACACUGGAGUGAGUCCAUACACGUGUCUUCAGUGUGGAAAGAGUUUCCCACAAAAAGCAUGCCUUGAUGGUCACAUGAGAAUUCACACCGGAGAGAGUCCUUUCACAUGCCUUCAGUGUGGAAAAAGUUUUACACAUCCAAGCAACCUUAAAAGGCAUAGAAGUAUUCAUUCAGAAAAUGAAUUACAUCAAUGUUUACAGUGUGGCAAGAGUUUCAACCAGGCAAGAAAUCUCAAAAAUCAUCAGCGCUUUCAUUCUGGAGAAAGGCCAUUUAACUGUGAUCAGUGUGGUCAAACCUUUCUUUUGGCCUCACACCUAAAAAGACACCUUAAAAUCCAUGCAGAUGAGAAGCCUUACUUGUGUUCCUUUUGUGGAAAGAGUUUUUUAUGGCUUGAGUAUUUAAAAGAGCACCAGAAAAUACACACUGGUGAGAAAGAUCAUGUGUGCUCAGAGUGCGGUAAAGCCUUUAUUAGAGCUGGUGACUUGAAAUUGCACCAAAGAAUCCAUACCGGGGAGAAACCCUACAAGUGCUCACUUUGUGAAAAGAGUUUUGCUCAGCUAGGAUCACUGCAUAAACAUGAGCGAGUUCAUACUGGAGAGAAGCCAUACAGCUGCACUUUAUGUGGGAGAAGUUUCAGCUCAUCAAGUUAUCUUCUGACUCAUAGAAAAAAGCAUUGUCCAAAGUUAACACAGUGAGCAAAGUUUAUUCUCAGGUUCACUGCUUUCAAAAUAGUGUAAAUUCCUAUUUUUUCCUUUCCACACACACACACACACACACACACACACAUAUACACUGGCGGCCAAAAGG